UGAUUUUUAGUCACAUGAUCGUGAGUUGACUAGUGUCCUGAACUACGCUUGAUAUAUCACUCUCUUCUCCCGAUUGUACUUGAGUCGGCGGCCUUUUGUGGCACUUGAGGUAUCAAAAUGAACAUUUUCUUCGCCAUAACGGUGUUGGCAUUUGUCAGCCAAGCCAAUGGCCAGGCAGGUCGGGUGUUGUCUGUCCAGGGGAGUGAUGACAAGGUGUGCACUGACUGCAUCAACUUCUUCACGGAUGUUGCCAAGAUGGUGUCGUCUGCUAACACAACUGCCGAGAUCGAACAAUUGUUGGACCAGAUGGUGUGUUCUAGUUUGGGCUCGCUGGAAGAUUUGUGUAAGCAAGUUCUGCACAGCUAUGUGCCUCAAGUCCUGCAGUAUCUUGCCAAUCAAGAUAACCCCAACCAGAUCUGUGGACUGCUCGGCAUGUGUACACAGGAAGUUCUGGAGCGAGCGCAUGCAGCACAGAAGCCAGUGUCCAGUGCAUUUGAGUGUGACCUCUGCAAGCAGGUGGUCACUAAGCUGAGAGCCAUGGACAGGGACCAGACAACACAGACUGAGCUGAAACAGUUUGUUGAAGAUAAUAUCUGCCCAUACCUCGGUACUGCUCAAAAACAGUGUGUCCAGGACGUGGAGACGUAUGCUGCCAUCCUGUUUCAGCUGUUAGCAAAUGAGCUGGACCCCACAGUUGUGUGUGAGUAUCUGAAGCUGUGUACACAAGCCAAGAUUGUGCCCAUGACCCGUAUUGGAUUGACUUCCCACCAAACAAAGGUCAAGGUCAUGGAAACCCAUAAAAACAUCAAGGUCAGCGUUGAAUGCACUAUUUGUGAAUUUGCGUUGACUGAAGUGGAUCAAAUUCUUGGGAACAAUAGGAGUCAGGCGGCAGUGGAGGCGGCCCUGGACAAGGUGUGUGACUUGUUGCCAUCCACCAUCAGUCAAGAAUGUGUCAACUUCGUCAACACGUAUGGUGCCGCCGUCAUCAAACUGCUCAUCCAGAACUUGAAGCCGGAUGAAAUCUGCAAGUCAAUUGGCUUGUGUGCUCAGGGAGUGAAGUCUGUCAAGCCUAAAGUUGGUGCUGAUGUAGGCUGUAUCAUCUGUGAGUUUGUCAUGACCACCGUGGAUUCUCUCAUCACAGCAAACAGUUCACAAGCCGAGGUUGAAGCAGCGCUGGAGAAGGUGUGCACUCUGCUCCCAGCAACCAUCAGCGCCGAGUGUAGCCAGUUUGUCCAGGAGUAUGGUCCAGCUGUCAUCAACUUACUGGUCAAUAAACUUGACCCCAAAAGUGUCUGCAAGACCCUGCGUCUGUGUACAAGCAGCAAGGUCGCUGAAGUCUCAAAGAGCCCAUCGAUGAAACCAAAGACCAAGGCAUCAGCAGGCCAUGAAUGUGUCAUUUGUGAGUUCAUUAUGCGUGAACUGGACAUUAUCCUAGGGAACAACAGGACUCAGGCUGCUGUUGAGGCUGCCCUGGAUAAGGUGUGUGACCUUCUGCCAAGUACCAUCCAACAAGAGUGCACCGACAUUGUCAACACAUACGGCCCAGCCAUCAUUCAGCUCCUUGUCCAGGAACUUGAUGCAGAUGAAGUCUGCCAAGCCCUUCGUUUUUGCACACGGAACAGCAACAAAAAAGCGCCCCUGAAGGUGAACAACGAGGUGUGUGACCUGUGUGUGACCGUGAUGAACUACGCUGAUGAACUGCUGAAGGAGAAUGCCACAGUGCAGGAUGUCGAGAUGGUCUUGGACAAAGUCUGCAACUUUCUGUCUGCUCAGAUGACAAACCAGUGUUUGGCUUUCGUUGACCAGUACGCACCACUUGUCCUUGACCUUCUUGCCAGUGACCUUGAUCCCAAGCAAAUCUGCCAGACCAUCAGCCUGUGUCCAGCCAGUCGGGGCAUCCACACCAAGCUCCACUUCCAGAGCAAGCUGCUGGGGAAGGAGAAGUGUUCCUUUGGACCAAGCUUCUGGUGUGCCAACAAAGACAAUGCCAUGAAGUGCAACGCCAUGGAGCACUGCCAGAAACACGUGUGGAACUAGACACAAGCCAGGAUCGGGAACACCAGGAAAAUCCAAACCCAAGCUCACAAGAAUUAACACACUUAAAUACUCGGUUCAUUUUGUCCUUAAGUAUUGCUAGCCAUAGGAUGCUAUUAACAGUUGUUCCCGAGGACCUGCUGACACUGGAUAGACACGUACUGUUACUUUACAUUAAGUUCUAGACCUUCCUUGUAUCAGUCUCAUCAAUGUUUGGGUGAGAUAAGUCGUUUAGUCUUCACACAUUUAGGUGAUCUCAGCCAUUCUUUAUUUAAAUUAUGCUUAAAAAUAUUUAGCAGUUUACACUAAAUAGAAUCUUGACAUGAGUUUGGGUACAUCUUUAUUUCUGUUUUUGUCUUGAUAUAACUUCAGGUUUGUAGCGAAAAAUUGUCAUGCCGAUUGGGUUAUGAAGAUUAUAUUUUUAUGAGGUUUAAGUUAAAUGGGGUUGUUGACAAGAGUGGAAAAAAUUUAUUUUCUGUUAAGGUUUGUAUAUAGUUGAUAAAUUGUUGUGUUAUUCCAUAUUCAGUGAUAUAAUAUUUAACAAAAUGAAUUGAUAUGAAACUAUACAUGGAUCUAUAUGAUAUCUUCUUUGGUGCAUUAAUUUGAUAUGAUAUUUUUAGAUAUGUACUUCCCGGUAAUAAGAAUUAUUGAACUUAGAAAUAACUUCAAGGAGUAGGAUGUUAUGUGAACAUUAUGCAAAAACAUUUUUUUUUAAAUUGAAGGUUGUACACAAUACUAAGUUCGCAAUUUGAAACUGUACAUAUUGCUGCUAUAAUUGAACUAUUUUUGUAUCCACAAGUAUUGUUGUUAAUUUAUGUUACUUUAAUGGUCUACAAACUUUGUGCCUUUACUGGCGUGGGAACAUCAACCAUAAAAGCAAGCAUUGAUCACAUUUCGAAAGAUUUCUUUAAUUUUAAGAAAACAAAGGCAGGAAGUGAACAUUUUUGGCUAUGGUUAAAGAAUAUGAAGAAAACCAUCCUGCUUCGUCUCAUUUUCCAGAGAUGAAAUGACAGCAUGUUAGUCAUUUACAUCGACAGGGAACACCGAGAUCACUAUCGUACAGAUUUUAUUUGCCACCCUCCAAGAGAAAUAUCAUGUUUAAGUCUGUGUGAGUAUACACUCUUAUCUGUUGUACAUAAUCUUAAAAUGAAAUAAAGUGGAUAGUUUGCCCAUACUUUAUUGACCUUAUCCAAAUAUAUACUACUCAAAACAAGUUCAAGAACACCCAUGCCAGGACAGAUUGACGAUAGUCAUGUGAAGAAAUCAAGUGUUUCCUAACUUCUUUUGAGUGGUAUUGUUCUUUAACUGAAUAUGCACUUAGAUUGGUAACAUUUUGAAAGAUGAGAAGUGCAUGUCUGUCAUGAUAGGCCUACCUAAUAUGCUUGGAUUACAGGUCGGGGACCAUGUGGACAAACCAUCCUGUUAUAGGAGGUCAUUGGUGUGUUGUCAUUGUAUCGUGUAUACAUUAUUUUGUCUUUCUUGGUACAUUUAUAUAAUUUUCCAUUUAAGGUAUUGAGAUUGCAUUUGGAGACCUGAACAUUGCAGUUACAUGUCCACAUUAGGAGAGAGUAUGAUUUUGAAAUAAUUGUAAUAAGGAGCAAUUAAUAAAAUUAAGAAUUGUUUCAUAUGUUGGAAUAUCUCAUGUGUAUCAUAAGUACAUUCUCCACAUUUUAUUAUUAAGUUUAUACCUGUGCAUAAAUGUUGGUGCAAAAAAGAUAGCGACAGUUAUUUAUUACUUUUAGAGUUUUAGGUUUAUGGAUCACAACUUGUUUACUGUGAAGGAGCCAUUGUUUCAGCUGAGUGUAAUUCUUGGUACAGAAUCAGCAUGGAGAGUGUGUAACAUUGUGACAGCUGAUGGUGGAAGCAAGGCUGACGGUUCAUUCAGUUUGCCUUGUUAUUACUUGUGAAAGAGAAGUUGCAGUCAUUUACAAUGAACAAGUUUUCAUAAACCUCCUGAAUGUCAUUGUAGAUCCAAAUAAAUUAUACUUAGAUGUGAACAUCAAAGUUUUGUAAGUCAUGAGCAAAAUGUUUUCCCAUUCUUUUCAAUAAAAAAACAUUCUUUCAUAA